GAGAGACGGAGAAAAAAGGAAAGAGCCACAUCAGCUGCUGAUUCGUAAGACUCGAGUCGUUUCACUUACAGUCGGAACAACAUAUUACUUGGUUGCAACUACAUCUACCUACAUAAAUAUACAUAUACAUAUAAUAUUCAAUUGACGACAACAAGGAUGACAUCGGUCGGACAAUUACUAGCUGGCAAACUCGCCAUCGUCACAGGCGCGGGCAGCGGCAUCGGCAGGGCCGUCUGCAACACGCUGGCGAGCCAAGGAGCCAAGGUCAUCGCCGCAGAUCGAAAUGUCAAGGCCGCCGGGGACACGGUCGCGACGCUUCAAGGAUCGGAGCACGUGUCGGUGGAGAUGGACGUGGGAAAUUCGAAAAGCGUCGUGGACGCAUUCAACACGGCGAAAAGGCAUUUCCAGGCAGCACCAACGGUCGUCGUGAACUCGGCGGGUGUGGCGAUAGACAAUUUCAUUUUGAAAACCACCGAGGAGGACUUUGACAUGGUGAUUCGCGUGAAUCUCAAGGGAACCUUCCUCGUGACGCAGCACGCGGUCAGAGAAAUGAUUGACGCCGGGGUCGCCGAGGGGGCUUCGAUCAUCAAUUUGGGUUCGUACUUCGGCAAGGUCGGGAACAUGGGCCAGUCCCACUACUCGGCUUCCAAAGCGGGCAUCGAAGCUCUGAGCAAAUGCGCAGCCAAAGAGUUUGCACAGUUUGGAGUAAGGGUCAACACGGUCCUUCCUGGAUACAUCGAAACCCCCAUGACGGCAUUCAUCCCGGAAAAGCUGAAAGAAAAGUUCAUCAGGAGGAUUCCUAUGAAGCGAACCGGCCAGCCUAUCGAGGCUGCAGAAGUCAUUGCAUUUUUGGCCUCGGAUAAAAGUUCUUACAUAAACGGUGCUUCCAUUGAUAUCAACGGGGGAAUAAACUGAUGAAUUAACUAAAAAUAACACCUGACGUGGAAAAGGAUCAUUUUUUACCGUUUGGUGAAAAAAAAAAGAUUACGUUAUGGACAGGAUUUUUCACAAUGUGUAUAUAUGUAUG